UAUUUGAACAUGCCUGAACCCGCAAAGUCAGCGCCGAAGAAAGGCUCCAAGAAAGCAGUGACCAAGACUGCUGGUAAAGGAGGCAAGAAACGCAGAAAGUCCAGGAAGGAGAGUUAUGCCAUCUACGUGUACAAGGUCCUGAAGCAGGUUCACCCCGACACCGGGAUCUCUUCCAAGGCCAUGGGCAUCAUGAACUCUUUCGUGAAUGACAUCUUUGAGCGCAUUGGUGGAGAGGCCUCCCGCUUGGCUCAUUACAACAAACGUUCCACCAUCACUUCCAGGGAGAUCCAGACCGCUGUGCGUCUGCUUCUGCCCGGUGAGCUUGCAAAGCACGCCGUCUCCGAAGGAACAAAAGCCGUCACCAAGUACACAAGCUCCAAGUAA